UGUGAUUUAUUUGCGAUCGAAUAAGACCGGAUUUAAAAUUGUAGCGCCUGGUUUAGCAAGCACCAAAACGAUGAAUGUGAUGGAUAAAAACACGAAAGGUUAUAAUUAUAGUAACCAGUGGCUGCCAGGCAGGAUACGCCCACAUUUUGCAAGAGAUGACCAACGUCCAAAACCAAUGAAACUAUUGCAGCGAAACGGAAAUGUUGAAGCUCGACUGACAAUCAGAUGCGCAUAAUCUACCGAGUGUAUAUAUUCAGCUGAAAGAUUGAAGUAAGUUAGACGCUGGAGAUUUGACGAUUAUAUAUAGAUUAAAUUUCCCAACCAAAGAGCGGUAACGUGAAACUGUAAGUAUGUUGAAAAUCACUGUGGUAGGACGAAGGUCACAGAUACAUUACGUGAGUAUAUUGCAUGAUUUUGCGUUAAGUUGCGCAGUCUGGACGGGACUGGACUAGUAGGGUAUGACUGCUGACGAUUUCAGGGAUGGUAGAUGUCUAAUCACUUUUUAGUAUAUUACAGGUUGCCGAGCCGCUGUACGUACAGACAUCAACAUCAGUUUAGAAUGUAUUGCUGUAUAGUUUUUGUUUUUAAUAUUUUAGACACUAUAGAACCAGUAACUAAUGAAAGUUUGCAGUCCAGGAACGACAUUGUGUGUUCCAAGAAGUCCAUUCAACUGUUGAUACCAAAGACAUAUUUACAUUCCACAGAAUGGAAAUUAAACGACCCAGGGUGUAGAACCAGGUUUAAUGGAACCCAUAUCUUAAAAGAGUUUGGUUUGAAUGAAUGUGGUACAACCGUUGAAUUCAGCAACCAUUCGCUGAUCUUUCGAAAUGAGCUACGUGAUGCUUACGGCUCAUCUGCUGAUGGUACUAUCUCUAUCGAGUGUAAUUACCCGGAAACUCAAAAUCUUUCUAAUUAUGACUUCCCAGUACGGGACAGAGUUGUGUUGUACGAGAAGAAUAAAGGUCUGCUUGGUGUUAUUAGGAUGAAUCAAUAUAGGAAAGAUGAUUUUACUGAAGUUGUAUCUGAGUAUCCUGCUGAGAUUCAACCAGAUGGUAGCAUCAACAUUCAAUUGGUCAUUGAAGAAAACCAAUCGAAAAUUGGAGUACGAGCCGAAAAUUGUAUUGCAACAACAACUCGAUCUCCAGCCAAUAACGAGAAUACCAAACUAUAUGAAAAUGGGUGUGAAUCAAGAGUAGUUAGAGUUAGAAAAACCAGAAGCAACGAGAUCAAAUUCAGCUUCAAAUUAUCAGCGAUCCCACAAAAUCAAAGUACAAUAGUUUCAACAGUAUACGUACACUGUGAGGUAGCAGCUUGCAGUUUUCACGAAUGUGAUGCAACCUGCAAUAACAGACGGCGGAAACGUUCAUCACAUCAAUCUUAUGUUAUUACUACUGGUCCUAUCAUGUUUACUACCCUAAAAAGAGAAUCAGAAGGAAGUUCAUUAAUAGCUAUCGCAUGUCUGAGCUUGUCUGCAUUAGCAGUAAUAAUCGCACUUAUGGCGCUCAUAAGCCGAAAAGUCCAGGCUUAAUUCUUAUAAUGAACAUUCGAUGGACUGUUAGAUUAAUAGUCAAUUUUUAAAAACUUUCAUGGAUCAGAUUGGGCAUAAAUUAAUUAUAGAAAUUACUACAACUUGUGAAAUUGCCUCCCCUGGAAAGCUGUACGGGAAUUGGCCCUUACAUUUUAUAAUGCUUAAGUCAAAUUUGACAAUUUUAAUGCUUAAAUUAAUUAUAUCAUUUAAUUUUACCUAUAUUAUAUUAACCAUUGCUUAUUAUAAAUUUAAUCAAUAAAUCUGUUAAUUUUAUAAACAUAUCAUAAUGAUGUGAAGUUAACAAAUGAAAAAAAAUAUUAUUUCAAAUUC